GUCCAAAGUCAACUCUCUCUCUCCUCCUUCAUUUAUCUCCUCCUCAUCUCCUCUGCUCUUUCUUUCUUCUUCAAACUUCAAUACCCAAACCAUGAGCUUUCAGCUACACCCCUUUUAACCUCCUUCCUUUCUUCUAUUUCUUUCUCUCUAUAUAUAUAUUUAACAAGGACUUCUUUAUUGGGUUUCUUCGAAAAUGGGAAACGGGAUUGGAAAGCUGAGCCUGUGCUUCGCAGGGGACGCCGGAGAUAUUUCCCGCCGAAGGAAUGAUAUCGCUGUGUGUUCUGCGGACCCUCUUGACGAAGGUUUUGGCCACUCUUUCUGCUACAUACCGCCGGACCCAGUUCGCAAAUCCCAAUCGUUGGAUGAUUCUUCCUCCGCAGCCCCACAAACGACGGUUUUCCGCACCAUCUCUGGCGCCGCCAUCUCCGCCAACACCUCCACUCUUCUCUCAACUGAUCUUUUGGCUUACAGCAAUUCCACUUUGCUCGACAAGGCUUCAGCUUUUGAAAGCUCGAAUUUUUUCUCCUCUAUUCCCCUCCAACCGAUUCCCAGGAACUCUAUUCACACAGUUAAAUCCGGCCCGAUUUUGAGGAAUUCGGUCCCGGGAUCCGGCCCGAUGGAGCGUGGUUUCAUGUCCGGACCCAUUGAACGCAGCUUCAUUUCCGGUCCCUUGGAUAAUCAGAUUGAUCAGUUGCAGAGGUACAGGCCUAAAUCCAAGAAACGGGCUUUGGUUAAAAAUUUUAAAAAGGUGAUGUCUAGAUCUUUUUGGAGUUUCUCUAGAGAGCUGAAUAGUAUUGAGAGAGAACAUAAUAUUGUUGCGGUGAGUGGAAGUAACAGUGGGAACAGUAGUACCAUUACUAGUCAUACUUUGAGUAGUGAAAUGAGCUUGGUUGAUGAGAAUGAUGAUGUUGGGAAUGAAUCUUUUGGAAGUCAAAAUCUGCAGUGGGCUCAAGGUAAAGCCGGUGAGGAUAGAGUGCAUGUUGUGAUCUCUGAGGAGCAUGGAUGGGUUUUUGUUGGGAUAUAUGAUGGAUUCAACGGCCCUGAUGCUACUGAUUUUCUCUUGAAUAAUCUCUAUUCCAAUGUUUACAAGGAGCUCAGGGGGUUGCUAUGGUGUGAUAAGACUGAAUCUUGUGAGAAUACGAUAACCAGCUCUUCUUUGUCAUCAAAGAGUUUGGAUAGUAAGGACAGGGUGGAGCUUGACAAGAAGUUAAGGGAAAAGUUGAGCAAUUUGGGACCUGACGGGUUUGCAGAUAACACUAUGACCGUUAAUCAUUUGGGAGUUCUGAAAGCGCUGUCUGAGGCGUUGAGGAAGACGGAAGCAGCAUAUUUGGAGAUUGCAGAUAUGAUGUUGCUGGAGAAUCCUGUGCUGGCGUUGAUGGGAUCUUGUGUCCUGGUGAUGGUGAUGAAGGGCGACGAUGUUUAUUUGAUGAAUGUUGGUGAUAGCAGGGCAGUCUUAGCUAAAAAAACUGAGAAUGAUUCUCAAUCCGGGAAGACGAGGAAGGACUUUGAAGAAUCACUCUAUGGCUAUGAAUACGAAAACGUGCAUACUUUGACUUCUCAUCAGCUCACAAUGGAUCAUAGUACUUCUGUUAAAGAGGAAGUGAGAAGGAUUAGAAAUGCACAUCCAGAUGAUGCUUCUGCAGUUAUCAACGAUCGAGUGAAAGGUUCCUUGAAGGUCACCCGGGCUUUUGGAGCCGGCUUUCUCAAGCAGCCCAAAUGGAACAAUGCACUUCUAGAGAUGUUCAGAAUUGAUUACAUUGGAACUUCCCCAUACAUCACAUGCUCACCGUCCCUUUGCCACCACAGAUUAGAACCCAAGGACAAAUUCUUGAUCUUGUCUUCCGAUGGCCUCUACCAGUACUUCACCAAUGAAGAGGCUGUUGCUGAAGUCGAAACAUUCAUGUUAACAUUCCCUGAUGGAGAUCCGGCCCAACAUCUUGUUGAAGAAGUGCUAUUUCGUGCUGCCAAGAAAGCUGGAAUGGAUUUCCAUGAAUUGCUUGAUAUCCCACAAGGGGAUCGAAGGAGGUACCAUGACGACGUCUCGAUUAUCAUCAUUUCCUUUGAAGGAAGAAUAUGGCGUUCAUCCGUGUAACUAGCUCUAGGAUUAGAGAUACAAAUAGGAUUUAAAAAAAGAAAGGAAAAAAAAAAAACAGAGAAAUUUUUCAGGAAGCUAGAAGCAAAUUUUGUUUCUCUUGGAUGAUAUACAUCUUCCUGAAUGUGUUUAUGUUAAUAGCGCAUAAAAGUAGGUUAUAUUUUCAGAGUUGAAACGUAUGAUAGAAAAACUCUGUGUGAUCUGCCGUUUUGUGGGGACUGUAAAUGCUGAUAACCCCAAAGGUUUUGCCCUUUCUUGGUAUGUAAUACAAGUUCAAGAUUUUGUACUUUCUUGAGGUUUUGCUUUAUUCUUCAAGAAGUGCCCUUCCGACACUGAUAACUUUCAA